UUUUCGACGUAGAAAGCGGGGGAUUUACUAGCAGCCCGUGAAGGCACCAGACGUAGUAGUUAUUUAGCAUUCCCAAAAUGACGGACCCGACUGCGUCGCCCGAGGACCAUUGGAAAACAGACGGCGCUUUCAGUGACAGUGGCUUUGACCCUAGUUUCUUUGCUGAAACUGCCAGAAAAGGUACAGUUGUGUCCAGGGCCAACAGCAUUGGUUCGACAAGUGCCUCUUCAGUACCAAAUACAGAUGAUGAAGACAGUGACUACAGACAUGAGACGUCAUAUAAGGACUCGUAUAAAGAUCGACGGAGGCAAGCGCACACACAGGCUGAGCAGAAGCGCAGGGACGCCAUCAAGAAAGGCUAUGAUGACCUCCAGUCCAUAGUACCAACCUGCCAGCAGCAGUCUGAAUUUGCAGUGGGAGCACAGAAGAUCAGCAAGGCUACUGUACUACAGAAAACAAUUGACUACAUCCAUUUUCUUCAUAAAGAAAAGAAGAAGCAAGAGGAGGAAGUUUCAGUACUAAGGAAAGAAGUGAUGGCACUGAAGAUUAUGAAAACGAACUAUGAGCACAUAGUGAAGGCCCACCAGAACAACCCACAGCAGGGAGAGGAUCAGGUGUCUGACCAGGUUAAGUUCAACAUCUUUCAGAGCAUCAUGGACUCCCUGUUCCAGUCCUUCAGUAAUUCGGUUUCAGUGAGCAGUUUCCAAGAACUUUCCGCCUGCGUUUUCAGCUGGAUUGAGGAGCACUGCAAGCCGCAGACGCUGAGGGAGUUUGUUGUCGGGGUGCUCCGGCAGCUCAAUGGUCAGCUUUAUUGAUCCAUUUAAACCUCUGGACUGAACUCCCAGAAAGUGACUUUGGGCUUGCUCUGGCCUCUCAGGGUGGAGUAAAAACUCCAAUCAGCCUCACGCCACACCACAGUAUUUACACUCACUUCAGCUCAUCAGUGACUCCCUGGCUGCAAUUGGAUUGCCUCAACCCACACCAUGGGCAGAGAUGAAAAGUUAUAUUGGAUCGAGCAGCUGUGUGUUUAGGAAGGAUCACUUUCUCAUACGAGUAUUUUCCGGGCCUCAGCUGAAUGCUCAUAUUUUUUACUAUUCUGCCAAGAAAUGCAGAGGCAACACAAGAGCUCAGAAGUCAAAAUUAGAGUUCACAAGUUAAUAUUUAAGUUAAAUGCAUCAGAUUGACAAGACAGUGCAGUUGUGAUUAUACUUUGCAGUAACUGUUGCCCUUGUUGAGGUAAAUGAAAACAAAGACUCCUCUUACAUAGAGUUUAUUGAUCGUAUUGCGUCUGCAACCUAUCAACCUAACAGAAACUGAAAAAAGGAGCGAGAAUAGUGAUAAACAUGUAAAAACACACCAUUCCCUCUUUUACAUCUGACAUAACUGCAGCUUAAAGCUGAUCCAAAGGGCUUGUCUCGGCUUCAGUCAGCCAUACCACUCCUGAACCAUAGCAGACACACUACUGCAGGGUAACUGUCGUUUAUCCUAACUAUGCGCACACUCAGGAGCAUGCUCUAUGGCGCUGCAGCAUUUUGUCACUGAGGAAUGAUUAAAAGAUUUCUACCUUUUGUGACAAAAUGUGAAGUUCUCAUUAAUACAGCUGCGACAGUAUGCUGAAAUCUCACGGGUGACUGGUGUGCAAUUUAAGCAGCAUAAGUGUCUAAGAUUUAUGAAUGAUUGUAUAUAUUGACGAUAAUUAAGCUACAAUACAAAUUGUGUUGAAUGUUAAAUAGUUAUUCAGUUGUAGUGAUACAUGUGUUUAUUUGGGAGAUAAUGUUAAAUACAAAGUGUUAAUUAUGAUGAACCUUUCAGAUUGCAGUUUACAAUAAGCAUUUAAAAUAAUUGAAUUACUUAUCAGUGGCUUUUAUGAUCAGGAACAGUUCAUUCCGAACAGUGCAGCAGCACUUAUGAUUGUUCAAGACUGCUGAGUGGAAAACGUGUUGUCACUGUACUCCCCCCUCCAGUCACAGGUAUCUGGUGAGAAACUUGGACAGGCCUACGCAGAGAGAUUUACAGCUGCUGUACUGAAUUAAACGUUUUUUAUACUUUGAUUUUUAAACGUUUAAUAUAAAGCAAAUAUUUGUGAUGACUUUUGACAGUUUCCAGUAUUUGAGCAAGUAAAAUCUGUCACACACACAGCUAAUCUGUUCGAUAAAGAGUUGCUUUAUUGUUGUUUUAAUGAUGGGGAAAUAUUUUCUUUAAAAAAAGCCAUCUAAGGCAAUCUAUGUAAAGAAAUAUCUUUAAUACAUCCAUUUAAUUUGACCCGAGUAAAAUGAAAAUACAUUGUCUUAAACAGCAUAAAAGACAGACCUGUAAAAUCUCCUAAUGUUUUAAGAUAAUUGAGAAAGAGAUGAGUUUGGCUGUUUUGUUUGAGAAAUUCACUUAGCACUCCAGCAUCAUACGUUACUGUCAUGAACAUUUAAUAACUUGGCAGCAAUACCGAGUGAAGAAACAGCACAAAGGAAUAUUAACAAAGGAGAGGAGGAAAAAAUAGGACAACCCACUCAUAAGGUCAUGAAUAACUGUCAAGGCUUUAUACAUUUUGGCUCUUUUAUGUACUUUUUAAAAACUGGCAACAAGAUGGACUUGAACAUGUAAUAAGAACAACAAAAAAUGUACAGUUCUCAAAGCUAUAAUGAAUAAUCUGUUGACAUUUUCAGCAUAGGCUCAGGAUUGUUUUUUAUGGCUUCAUAAAAAGGGAAAAAAAUAAACCAAUGUUGCCUA